AAUUCGUUAUUUUAACUCACUGUAUUUUCCCAGCAACAUGCUCGUUCCCGUCUUCUCCAAGAAAACCAAACGCCAUUUAAAAGUCAAAAUAUUAUGAACUAUACAUCAAGCUCCCAAUGAGAUUUUGGCACUUAUCGAUCAAACAUUCACAGCGAUUACAGACUUCCUUCAUUUCGGAGGCGCAGAUCGGACAAACCACUUUGUCUUGUCUCAGAAGUAGUAGCGGUAAUGGUAUUGCCAGUAAUAAAGCUUGGAACUCUCUUCUUGAAGACGCUUAGCAAGCCGGUGGCUAGCCGGCUCAAGCAACAAGCUAGUUUGCACCCCAGGUUUCGUCAAUUUAUCGUCAACAUUGCUCAGGUAAAUCAUCGAAUCACCACGAGAAUGCAAAGACGCCUCUAUGGUCAUUCUAAUGAUGUCGAGAUACGUCCAUUGGACGAGGAGAAAGCAGUUCAGGCUGCUGGUGACCUUAUUGGAGAACUCUUCAUCUUUACGGUUGCAGGAGCUGCUGUAAUCUUUGAGGUACAGAGAAGUUCUAGAUCAGAAGCCAGGAAGGAGGAAAUACGUAAACAAGAACUAGAGGUGCUGAGGCAAAAAGAUGAGGAAUUAGCAAAAGAGCUGGAACUUCUUAGGCAAAAACUUGAAGAACUGGCACAGCUUGCAAGAGGACAAGGACUAAGUUGUAGUUUACACUUUACAAGUGCUAAUAUGGAGGAUCCAAAGUUAGCAAAGCCAACUUGAUCCGACUUGAGAUUUACAGAAAGAUGAUUAUUUAUUUGCCCAUUAUGGUUUGUUAGAUAUCCCUUGUUUUAUGAGGGAAGCUUCUUGCCUUCAUUCUUUAACCCUUGGUUACUUGGGCAGAGGUCUGGUAUCACCUGCUCCAUUAAUUCAUCUCAAAUUGAAUCUGGGAUGUAA